GGAUACAAGGGCAACGGGAAAGGAAGUAUAUUAUGUUUGGAAAUGAUAGAGAAUUCCAAUAACAGAAGUAGUAGCUUCGACGGCAUUUCAAGAAAGAAACGACAGGAAAAAGAGUAACAAGAGCGUCUACAAGGAAACACAAUGGGAGAUGGGACAGUAUGUGUGCUUGUAUGUGGUUCUUGCUGUUUUUUGUUUGUUCCAUUUAUAUUUCAAAGCGUGGGCUUCUUUACACCAAUGUGGGCAUCAAAUGCAACAUGUGACUCGAUUGGGCUUUUGUACAGCUGUUGCGCCGGAAGUGAUAACGAUACCUGUAAAAAUACAAAUGGAGGAGACGAACUGGACGCAAGAGCUUUGGGCUUACAUGCUACGUCGUUUGCAGUUAUGUUUCUUGCAGUGUUUUUCUUGUGUUGUGGAAUAUGCCGCGGUGAUGAUGAUGAUGGUGAAACAGGCUGGUGUACAAUACUUGGAGAAUGCUGCUCUUUAUUAUACCCUGUUGCAGGUUUGUUCAGUUUCAUUGGUUGUAUCAUAGUUGCGACACAAUACUCCACCUCUGAGCUCGGCUAUUCCUUCUAUCUGUGCCUUACAGAUGGUUGUAUGAUAAUCAUCCUAACGAUUAUUGGCUGUAUUGUGGUGUGCAAAUACGGGAAGGAUGAGGACGACUAUCCGACACGGCCAUCUAGCACGGUCUCUCCAUCUGGCGGCUAUGGCGGAUCACAUUCAGGUGGUGGCGCUUCAAGCGUUGUGCCUUACUCCGGAAGUGGAGGGGUUGCCCUAUAUGAACCUCGGCAAGCUCAGGUUCAGUAUGAAGCGCAACAUGCGACCGUGCAUCACGCUGUUGCUGUUCAUGACGAAGAAACUGGAGGAAUCUUUGUCUUCAUGAGGAAAAUCAACUUCACGAGGAUCGUUGCUUCAGUCAAACACAACUAGCUAUGUUUUAAGCAACUAAUAUUCUUUUAUAAUCUCUUGAUACAUUCAAAAAAGUAUUGACACUGUAUUUUAGAGACUUCAAGGAAUUGUUUUAAUUUUUUAUUACUGUUUUUAUAUGCAAUGACACCUGGUGUUAGCUUUCAAAUUUUUGUGCCUUUUAUAUAUUUCAUCAUUUAUGUUUUUAAGGUUUGUUAAAUUUAAUGUACAAUCUCAAGUUUUACUGUAAAUCAUUUUCACAUUCUUAAUUUGCCGUGUUUUGUUUGACUGUUGUGCGAGUAUUACUUGUUAACCUUAGACUACUUGCAUUUAAGUAAAAUUUUCACAUUUGUAGAAACUGAACAUUGUUUAAGGAGGUAGGUUACCUUAAUAUUAGUAUGUACGCAUGUCCAACCGGAAGCUAACGUGACAAUUUACGACGACGUUUACGACAAACUUAAUGUGUUUGUAUAGCCAUUCUUCUGAAAACAAAUCAUGAACCUAUCUCCGAUCUGAUGCUUUAUGGUUUAAUAAUGCAGGAAUAAUGAAUAAACUGCCGCAGAAACGCUCCAAAACAAGGUUGCCUUAAAAUGACGUCAUUGACGUCAUGACGUUACGUGUCAGUUACCGCGCUAAAUUAAUAGCUUUUAUUCUGAAAGUACGUAAUUCUGUGCAUUUUCUUUAUUUGAACUAUUUUCAAACAGCCAUCAUUUGCUGAAAUAUUUUUUAUGAGUCUUUUGCUCUAAAUAAUAAUCCAUAUUUUGCUUCUUUUAUGUAGUUAUAUUGAAAUGUUAUGCGGAAUGUAAGAAAAUGGAUGAUGGUAACCAAUGUUAUUUGGAAUACCACUGGGUGAAAGGUUACUUUCAAAUAAAAGACUAGCAGUUUGAUUUGUAAUACCUAUUUUUCAGUUUCCGUUGAUAAUUCAUUACUUAUAUACUAAAACUAAGCUCUAAAAUUGUUCAAAUUUCAGUAGAAAAUUGUGGUUUCUUGAAUUGAACUGAUGUUACCAUGGAAACGAAGCCCGUGACCUAUAAAUCUAAAGGUAAAAUUCAAAAGCAUUAAUACUGGUCUAUUCAAGGAACACAGUUUCGGCUUUUUAUUUUCAUUUCAACAAUAUCCAUGGGAAUAAUAGCAGCAUGCUGAACGAUUUUUCAAUUAAAAAUGCCAGAUGAAGGUUACUGCUGUAAAUAUUUUAAGCUGUGAAAUUUGUUUUAAAUAAAUGCAAAUAACACGAAAAUAUAACUUACGUUAGAAAUAAUAUGUUUUAAAGCUACAUUAACAAGAAAGGUAAUUUUAUUCAAUAUUUUUGUAAGAAAUUACGAUAAAAAAACAAGAUAUAAGCUAUUUUAAACAUCUCUGUUGCCAUGGUUACUUUAAACUUUAAGAAUAAUAGGGUACCAUGUAAAGUGCUUGGUAUUUUGCUAAUAAUAGUACACAAAUAAUCCAUGUUGGUUAUUAACAGAAUGACACUGAAGCCGUCGAAUUCCCCGUUUUUAUACAUACAUGUAAUUGUUUAAAAAAUGAGAGAAAAUGCGUUACCAUGGAAACACGAGUCCCGCGACAUAUACAUUUUAAGCUUAUAUUAGAAAGCUAACGUGCAUACUAGUAAAUAUAUCAAUUAUGCAGACUUCUAAGGAUAUCAAUGAAACUAAAAUACACUGAAAAGUGUUAAAUAUCCAUAUUUUCCUUCUUCUUUCAAUAUGAAAUAUCUUUGGAGGGUCAUGUUCUUCAAACCUGGAUAAAAAUGAACUUGAAGGGACAGAGAUAAACGAAACUGAGAUUGUAGCAGUUAAAACAUCACAUUACACGAAAUACAAAACAUUGCUGCGGUUCAACUAAUUUGAAUUUACCCUGGUAACAAGGUAUGCUACCUCCUUAAUAGACAAGUGUUUUUAAUUAAUUUUAUUUCUGUCAAACGAAGUGAUUAAUGUGUCGUGCGCAAAUCCCAGGUUCCUAUCUCAAAGGUCAAGGUCACACUUAGAGGUCAAUGGUUAAAUUCAAUAAUGACUUUGUCCGGAGCAUUUCUUCUUCAUGCAUUGAGGGUUUUUGAUGUACCUUGGCACAAAUGUUCACCACCAUGAGGCGGAGUGCCAUGGGCAAGGACCAAGUCUCUAGGUCUAAGGUCAAGGUCACACUUGCACACAAAGGUCAGAUGCAAAAAUGUUUUUGUUCGGAGCAUUUCGUUUUCGUGCAUGGACGGAUUUUGAUGUAACUUGGCACAAUUGUUCACCAUCGUGAGACGGAGUGUCAUGCGCAAGAACCUAGAAUUACUUCCCUUUGUUGUUACUAUAAAAAGCUUAUAUUGUAACUUUUUAUCUCUGGUCGUAGGGAAAAAUCAAGACCACUUUUCUGUAGUACAACAUGCAUGUUACAUCCAAUUUUAGGUGUAUUUUGACCUAUCUCUACUGGUAAGGAUUUUGUGUAGACUUUUUUAAAGAUUUACUUCCCUUUGUUGUUAUUAUAAAUAACUUAUAUUGUAACUUAUAUUGAAACUUUUUGUGAUCAUUUUUUUUAUUUGGCAUAAAUGUUUACCUCAGUGAGACAUGAGUCAUGUGCAACUCCUACUCGAUCCUUUUGACAGCUGGCAGGCUCGACAUGUUGCCCUUAGGCAUCUAGUUUAGAAAUCCUGUCCAAUAAUACCGUUUAUUAUAUACCUAUAUAAAUUCUGUAAAAAAAUCGGCUUGUAUUUCACAAUCAAAUAUGGACAGACAGACAAAAAUUCCGUAUUGUACCUUUAAAUUCCGUAUUGUACCUUCCGUAUUGUAUGCUGCCGGACUAUUUUCAUUAAUAUGCAUGACCUGACAAAAUUCUAUAAAUAGCACACAUAAAAACUUCACUAAGUUCCAUUUAAUAUCGAUAAACAUUGAAGAUUUCGUUCAAGAACAAAACAAGAAUUAAAAUAGUAAAGGUAUAUAAUAAAAGGGUCAUUAUAACAGUAGCUGGAUCUGGGACUUUGUAUUCGGCUCUCGUGGAUUUUGCAAAGGCGGAUCACACUCGGCGCUUGCACGCCUCGUGAGAUCCGAUCUUGCAAAAUCCACGAGAGCUGAUUACUGCUUCCCAGAUCAAGCUUCUGUUAUAAUGACCCUAUUAUAUUGAGCAUCUCUAGUAAAUCAAGCAAUCCAGCUUAAUUGCCUGAGUACCCAUCGACAUAAUUUUAAAGGUUUCCGAAGCAAAAUGAAAACGCGUAUGAAAAUUCAUUUCGCACGCACAUCAGAGUACAUGGUUUUAUUUGAACCCUAUUUUGUACAAAUGUUCCUUUGGAACUUUGUCCGAUUAUCAUGUAUUCGUAAAAUGAUUAAUCAAAUAAAUGCGAUUUGUUUUUUGCGCCUUUAUAA